CUGAGUUUGCGAAGCUGGCGCGCACAUCUGUCAGUUCACGUGCGAAUUUGAGUUUGUUUAUAUUUAUCAAAACAAUUGCCAAAUAUUUAACUAAAUAUUUUCGUGUUCGGUAGCGCGGUUCGGUAAUAGUGAUAUAUUAAAAUACUUAGUAGUGUAAAUAAAGUGUUAAUCGUUUAUUCGUUUUUAACGUAAUGUCGAUUUUACUUGCGGAUAUCGAUGCCACUUGCGCGGCGCUUGGCUAUUAUGAUAACGAACGCUAUCUGGCCGAGCCGGACGCAUUGCAAGGCCUACGGCAUUUAAUAUGGAUUUUGCGACGCGAUUUGGAAAACCAUGAAUAUCGCCGUCACUUGGGCCAUGCAAAAGUGUUACAAACUGAUUUAGUGCAUAUGUUGCAUGAUUAUGUGCAUGAUCCGGAAUAUACAGAUGCGCUUGUGCGUCUAAUGGUCAUCUUAACAAAUCCCACAUUGUUGCUGUAUCGCGAAGGACCACCAAAAGAUUUCCACAGUCGUAAAGUUUUCAUGGAAUUGAUUGAAAUUUCACAAGGCUACAAGGGUGCCUUUACUCAAGACAAAAUUUGGAUACCACUAUAUGGCAUAUUUAAAAAGAGAUUAGAAAUCGACUGGGCGAUACGCAGCGAGGAGCAGAGCUUGAUGAUUGAACGCGUCCUUGUGCUGAUACGGAACGUGCUUCAAGUGCCGGCCAAUCCGGAGGCGGAGUGUCGUGCCGAUAACGAUGCCAGUCUGCAUGACCAAGUUAUCUGGGCGCUGCAUCAGUCGGGCCUCAUGGAUUUGGUGUUGUUUGUGGUGUCAUCACCGGAUGAGCAUCAGUUUCAUUUGCACGGUUUAGAGAUUUUGUGUCUGCUUUAUCGCGAACAAACAGCCGAAUCCCUAGCGGAUGCAUCGUUGCAACGCAGCAUCGCCGAGAAGCAACGCGACGAGCAGGAAUUGUUGGCAGCGCGCCGCCGUGAACGACAACGGCUUCAGAGCAAACCGCCGACGAUGCGACAUUCACGUUUCGGCGGCACAUAUGUAAUACGGAAUAUGAAAUCCGUGUCGGAUCGCGACAUCAUUUGCCAUCAGCCGUUGGAACGUGUUAUGUCGAUUGAUUUCGAUCGUGAGAAGAAUCAGCAGAAGCGCUCAUUUCGCCAUGUCAAGGAGGAGGUCGAGCUGACACGGCGCAGUGCGUUCUCAGUGCGAUUGUGUCUGCGCGAGUUCUGCAUUGAGAUCCUUCGGUCGGCUUACAACACGCUGGUGCGCCAGGUGCGGCGUGUGUUGGAACGUAACGCCGGCACUGGCAAUCAUGAUGACUCGUACCUUUUGUGGGCGAUACUUUUCAUGGAAUUCAAUCGGUUGAGCGGCAUGCAACUGGAAUUGGUGAGCGAGUCGUUGAGCGUGCAGUGCUUCCACUGGGUGCUUACGCGUAUGCAACAUGAUAUGGACAUGAUUAUCAGCGACAAGAAGCAGGCGCGCGUCUGGGCGAAACGCUUGCAUGUCGCACUACAGACAUUCCGUGAAUUGUUGUUGAGUUUGUUGGCGCUGCAGAAAGUUAAGGACGAUCGAGCGUUGGCCCUCUUCGAUAUGCUAUUGAAUAAUGUCUGCUAUGUGCUGGAGUAUCGAGAGACAAUAUUGCAUCUGUUGAUGAACUACAAUGAGGCGCAUAGCACCAAAGCUUAUCUGCGCGAUGUGAUCGAAACGGCCAACAUUUUCAUUAAAAUGAUGGAAAAAUUCUGCAAGGACACCGUGCUGUUGCAAGAGAAGAAACGCACUAAAAAGGGUGAACGCAAGCCAAAAGCAAAUAAAAAACCGGAACCAAAACCGCAACUCACUGAGGAGGAGCUCUCCAAUAAAUGGGCUGAAGUAGCCGGCGAAAUAAGUGAAAUACUCACCAAUGAGCUCCAGUUGCCCGAAGAGGAUCAACCUCUGCCUUUCGAUGCGACUUCUGAGAAAAGCAUUGAUGAUCAAAAGGAAGACUGUAUGUUGCGUUUGCAUCGAUUUUUGCGCGAUCAGCAAUUUGAAAAUUCCGUUUCUCUACUGCGAGCAGCCAGAGAGGUCUGGCCAGAGAACGACGCUUUCGGCGCCAUGUCCGCCGCACCAGAAGAUGAAUUGUUGCUGCUGCGUGAGAUCUACAUGCACAACAUUGAAUCAGCUCUGCCAACGGAAAUUGAAAAUGGUGAUAAUACAGCGAACGCGCAGUUCAUUGAAGGUGAAGAGGAAGAAUAUGAUGAUGAGGAGUAUGAGGAGUAUCCAGAGGAGAGACUUGUCGAGAAGCCCUUUAAAUUUGAGGAUUUCGCCAAAAGAUUGCUAAAUCCGAAAAUCGUACGCGCGUGUACGCUGGUCCUAACCGAUUGGAAUCAUAUACCGACAAAAUCAUUGAAGGCAGCUGUGACCAUAUUGUACCGCAUCGCUGUUGCCUGCUCCUGUCCGGCAAUGCUGUAUCAUGCGAAACUUCUUCGCAUCUUUGAGCAGGUCUUCAGCGUCGAACGUGAUGCCCAUCACGAGGAGUUGCGUCGUCUCGGCAUCUAUGUGGUGCGUAAAUUUGUCGACGCUAAAGGCGUUUGGACCGAAGAACAGGAGGACCAACUGCGUAUGCUCUUUGAGGAGAAUCAGCGUAAUCCUGAAACUGAUAAGGAUGUGAUUGAUUGGAUAUUGGAGCAUCUGAAUGAGAAGACACGCACGCGACGCAUGGUGCUUAAAAAGAUGAAGGAGAUGGGUCUGGUAUUUAAGGCGCCCACAAAGCGUACGACUGCUGGCGCGGUUAACAAGCAGCUCUGGUCCACAGAGGAAGAUGAAGAACUGCAAAGUCUCUACGACGAACAUCGCUUGGAAGAUGAUUGCUUGCAACGCAUAAUCAACGAGUUUCUAGAUCGGCGGACGAAACGUCAGAUUCUACAACGCUUGCUGCAACUACAUAUAAUCGCGGAUAAAUCGGAGAUCAUGCCGAAAAAAAAACCCAAGCGCAAGUCCAAGAAGGCAAGCGCUAACUCGGCUGGCAGUGACUUCGAAGGUGAAUAUAUGGAAGAACCGCAAUUCGGCGAGUUGCCAUCGCCCAGCGGCCUUAAAGCCUCGAAGACGUCAUCGAAGAAGAAGAAGAAGGAUAAAUUGAAAAAGAAUAAGAUUAAGUUGGCGGCAGCAGCCAAACCCGUCAUACCGGUGAAGCGUAAGAUCGUGCGUACGCCACUCGAUGUGGGUACUGCGCGGGCGCUGAUUGCACAAGUUGCCGAUAAGUAUCAGGAGGCCAUUGAUUGGUUGAAAGAAUGCCUAGAUGAUGCAGCCGAAGACACAGAAGAGCCCAGUGAGGAGGAUGAUGGAGUGCCGUUGGUGCCACUGCAAGAGGUCGCACGUGAAGCCAUGGAGAAUGGUGAUUUCCAAAAGAUAAUCGUAGCUUUAGGCAUACAGCCACCUUUAUUGGGCACAGAAAGCUAUUGGCGCAUACCAGUCUACCUCAGCUCGGCUGACCUAAAGUUUCGUGCGAAAAUCGUAGCUGGCGAAGAGAUCGACAUCGAUAUGGAAGGUGUAGAGGAGGAGGGUGCUGAUACGGAAACGGCUGUGGAGGUUGCUACCGAUGACGAAUCGGAUGAUGAUGAUGAUGAUGGUGAUGACGAUGAGUCAGAUAGCGAUUCCGAUGGCGAUGCUGGUGGUGCCGUAAGGCAGGACAGUGAAAGCGAGGAAGAUUUCUUCGAUAACUUCGCUGAGAAACAUAAGAAACGCGAUGCCGCAAUGGACGACUUCGUCGAGAAGCGUGCACAGAAAAUGCGCAGCAUAAUGUUUAACAAAAGCGAUGAAGAAGACGUUGAGCGUGCCGGUAUUGGACAAAAGAAGAAGCGUGAACGUAAACCCAAAGCGUCCAAAGGUAAAAAGGUGGACGAAUACUCCGACAACGAUGUGGGUGAGGUUGAUGAAAUCAUAAAGAAACUCGACAAAAAGCGGCGUCAACCAGGAAUCAGCAGUGAUGAAGAUGAUGAUGAUGGCGCAAAGUUAACCGCUGCAGAGAAAAAGACCGAUGUUGUGACUGAUUUAUUCGAUCAACUGAAAUCUCAAACCGCCAAGAAGAAGCGUGAGGCAACUACUUACACCGAGGAAAUGGAUGAGCUCAAUUUCAAUUCAGAAGACUACCGCAAGCGACUGCUUGAGUUGGGCGACAGUGAUGACGACGAGGACGCCACAGCUGUGACCAGCAACACUAACAAUAAGACGCGCAUGCGGCGCGCUAAUGUAAUUGACUCCGAUAGUGAAGAAGAUGAGAGUGCCAAUGCAAAUGAUGAAAUGAUUAGCAGCAUCAAAAAGGGCAAGACCGUCGACGAAGAGAACAAAGGCAGCAACGAUAAUGAUGGUGUGGACGAGAAAGAGGUUGCGACCCUUUCCGGAACUAAUGCUGAUGCUAAAGAUGAUGGCGGCGCAAGCGAUUUGGAUGCUGGCAUAGUUGACACAGCAGGCAAUCAAGCACAUACUGAUGACAUCAUCACAACGGCUGACGGCACAGUACCUGUUGAUGAGAUUGCAUCACACACAACAAGAAAUAAACGUAAACGUGACAUUUCGGGCGAUAGCGAUGAAGAAUAUAACAUCACCAAUGGGAAACAGACCGAUAGCGAGGAAGAGGAUGCAUUCAUCAUGCGCCGGAAACCAACUAGGAAGGAACAACAGCGUUUAGACAGCGGUGAGGAGCCUGCUAAGCGACGUCGUCUCGCUAUCAUCGACGACGAAGAUGAUGAUGAGUAAAUGGGUGCUGCUGAAAUCUCCAAGGGAUAAUGCACCUUGUGCCGCACAUUCUCUCUGUUCACAGCACAUUUUACAAUUUAUAUUUCUGAAUUAAUUUUGAAUUUAAUUUUGAUUCACUUUUUAUCAUAAUAUGUAUGUCCAUUGUUUGCUGAAUUCAUUUGUUAGUAGAAGAGCAAUAGUUGAUAAGAAGUGUCGUUGUAUGUACUGGCAUACUUGUUUUACUUGAAUUGUACUUUCAUUUUCAUUUAAAUUAAAUAAAAGUUAAAAAAA